AUGUUGCAAUACAUUGGUCCACCAAACUCCACCAGGACCACCAAACUCCACCAGGACAACCAAACUCCACCAAACUCCACCAGGACCACCAAACUCCACCAGGACAACCAAACUCCACCAAACUCCACCAGGUCCACCAAACUCCACCAGGACCACCAAACUCCACCAGGACAACCAAACUCCACCAAACUCCACCAGGACUACAAACUCCACCAGGACCACCAAACUCCACCAGGACAACCAAACUCCACCAAACUCCACCAGGACUACCUAACUCCACCAGGACAACCAAACUCCACCAAACUCCACCAGGACUACAAACUCCACCAGGACCACCAAACUCCACCAGGACAACCAAACUCCACCAAACUCCACCAGGACUACCUAACUCCACCAGGACAACCAAACUCCACCAAACUCUACCAGGACCACCAAACUCCACCAGGACUACCUAACUCCACCAGGACAACCAAACUCCACCAAACUCCACCAGGACCACCAAAUUCCACCAGGACCACCAAACUCCACCAAACUCCACCAGGUCCACUAAACUCCAUCAGGACAACCAAACUCCACCAAACUCCACCAAGACCACCAAACUCCACCAAACUCCACCAAGACCACCAAACUCCACCGGGACCACCAAACUCCACCAAGACCAACAAACUCCACCAGGACAACCAAACUCCACCAAGACCACUAAACUCCACCAGGACCACCAAACUCCACCAGGUCCACCAAACUCCACCAGGACUACCAAACUACACCAGGUCCAACAAACACAAACUGGACCACUAA